CUCGAAAGUUAUUGGUUAUGACUACGUGGAGAGUUAUUUUGGUUAGUAUUCUGCUUGCUAUGUUCCUCAAGGUGGUUAUUUUAGACAGCGAUGUAUUCACAACUUUCGAGGAAUUGAGAGCCCUGGAAUCGGUUAGCGUGAAGCACAUAAAUUUACUUAAAAAAAUCAACUCAACUUACUACAAACGGCCAGGAAACUCAGCAAAUAAUACAGAGUUCGACAAGUACUUUAAAAUGGUCUUGAAUGCUUUAAACUUAACCUCCCAUGACGUAGAUCGUAUAAUAGACGCAUAUGUAGACUUCAAAAUAUACAAUAAAUUCAGGUUAGACUUGGAGAAAAUGGUUGAAGACAGACUUAAAGUCGUAAAUAGGACUCUCAAGAUUCAGAUUAUGUUACCUGAAUGUCGGGCCUUUUAUACUAAGAUGCAAUGGCAACUUAUGAAGAGCUUUAUCCAAUCAAAUGUCAUGAAAAUGGAAGCCAUUUAUACCAUUAAUGAAAAUUGUGAAGAACUGGAAAAUAUUACGCUUCCAACGGAAGCACCAAAAAUAACGAAACCAAUUAAAAAAUCUGAAGUAUUUGCGACAGAACUUCGGAACGUACUGUUUAAAUACAACCUUCGACCUUGGGGCAAAAAACAAUACCCUGAAUUUGACGAACAAAUUUGGAAAGUGUUUAUGGCUACUCUUAAAGGAAAUGAAGGCCAGAAGAGAUUGGCUUUAAAUAAAUUUUUGAAAUACGAUGAAGAUCGUGAAAAAUUUGACAAAGCGCUUUCCGUUAAAAUAGGAAAAAUAAAGCGAAAACUUAAUACGGGAGUUAAUACUGCAUGUAGAGAGGAAUACAUAGAGUUCAUUAAGAAUCUAACUCAAGCUAUGUUUCAGACCCUGUCAGAAAAGAAUAGGUUCCUUGCAAAAAAUGUUUCACGAAAAUGUUAAUAAAUUCAUUAAAGAAACAAUUAAAA